CCCGGAUAACCACGAUGACUCCGGAUCGUAUUUGACGCUCUAAAACAGAAAUGGCUUCAACAGAUCUGCGAUCAGUACGAGACUUUAGUCUAGCAACGCUGGGAAAGCAGUACCACGCACUCUUCAGCGAUCCAGACGAACUAAAACGACCGUUAGAGACUCCUAAAACACUUGGAUCUAAGAAGAAAACGAGAAGAAAGAAAGACAACAAGGAGGAGAAGAAGCUUGUUCCACCAGUUCUAAGACCACUGCCUGCACCACGACUUGAACUGCAUGGAAAUCCAUCAGAGUUUGGUGUAUUUGCUCAAGUUCGACAAACUGUCUUGGAACGGCAACUGCGAAACGUGCUGCGUGAAUACUCACAGAGAUUGUUUGCUGAAGAAGCAGGCGACGAUUCAGAUGAAGGGGAGUAUUCAGUGAAAGUAGAAAUACCAAAGAUUGUGACUGUUGGUUUGACUGGAGUGUUUGAAUUGAUUCGUGAUACACACAAGAGUUAUCCUGAUCUGUGUGCUCGAGCAUUACAGGCUCUCGUAAACAUUCUACAAGGACAGGAACUGGAGGCGAUGAAGAAUGAACCAGCAGAUACAAUCAAAUCAAUGUAUGACUUGCUGAUUGAUAUUGUGAGAGUGUCAUCACCAUCCAAUGAUUCUCACAGUCCAAGCAGCCUUCCUAGUCUUGCAUCUGCUUGCCUUGUGAGUCUCGUGUUGGCACGAGGAGACACUGAGUUGGUGUUGCAAACGAUAUCAACGUUACUGAUUGGGUCGAGAGACUCCAAGAUUCAAAUGGUUCAAAUUCCCUCCAUCCUCCUCUCUCUACAACGAAGCCUACUGGCUCACCUACUCGGCGAAUCCAGACUCUUACAGUGGCACAACAACGGAAUAACAAACGACACUCUAAUAGACCAAUUUCAGUUGAAACACCUGCCACCAGAUUGUGAAGGUGUUAGUGCCCUCGCUAGUGACGGACGGCAUUUGUAUGUUUGUAGCAACGUUGGGUUGUUGAAGGUCGGAUCGGGAUAUGGUGGCACCAUGAAGGGUCAUAUCUAUGCAUCAAAUGAGGAUUUCCAUCCAAACACAAGAAGCUGGCUUGGCUUUGUGAGAGGUAAGUUGUAUUAUUGUCGAGUUGGAUUGGGAGAGAAGACACUGCUACUCAUCAAUACUGACACUCUCCAGCCUCAAGGGACAGUUCCACUCGAUGACUCAUCGUCUGGCACAGAAGUUCUCUUCAGCACAGGCGAACACAUCGGGUACAUCCAAGCUUCAGAAAAUGGUGACUUUUGUCUACGUCACUUUGACCCGUCAACCAUCCCCAUGAAAUUGCUCAACACCAAACCACUAGCCCUUGCAUCUCGCGCUCUCUACUCAGUCGGCAAGGCCGAGUUUGAAGACGAUCCCAAACUCCAUACAUUUUUCUCCGAACCUCACGAAGACGUUGGAGACGUCGUUGCUGCCAGAGAGUUUGCCAUCAUACGAACAUCAAGUGGUAAACUGUAUUACACAGGAAAGGCUGCAGCAGUUGGUAUCAAAGCUGGAGGUCCCGCUCCCGGACAAUGGGAAGACCUAACGCUUCCAAGUGGUGUGAAAGUCAAUCAAGUUUCUGCAGGUUCGGGUGGCGAGUUUGCCGUUGCUAUUGGCGAUGACAAUGUGGCAUAUUUUUUCGGGACGUCACGACGUGGCGAAGACGGAGAUCAAGUGCGCGGACGACGGCAACAGAAACCGAUGAAAGCAAAAAAGAUGGGACAAAACAAAAAGCUGAAGGACAAGAAGUUUGUGUUCUCUGCGUGUAAUGCGUCGACGUCGGCUCUCAUUACGACUGAUGGUGAACUUGUUAUGUUCGGGAAGGACACUGAACAGUGUGAUUCGACGACAGGGAUUAUGCCCAACUUUCUUGGUCUUCCUGUUGAGAUGAUUUCGAUGGGGAAAGCGCACUUUGUUGUUUUGCUGAAAUCGGGUGUCGUUUUUACAUUUGGAUUGAACAACAAAGGGCAGUGUGGACGGUGCUAUGUGAAGGGGUCAGCAAGCAAGCAAGAAGAUGAUAACGGUGAGGAAGAAGAAGAAGAGCAGGAGCAGGAGGAUGACGUAAUGUGUCGUCCAGGAACGCAUGAGUGGAAGGAGGAGAAUUGCCUCAUUUGCGCGGUGUGUGGGCACUGCACAGGAUAUGGAGAAGGAUGUUGUAAUAAUGAUGGAAGAGAGGGAAGAGAUCCUGGAAAACUGUGUGGUUGUGGUGCUGGUGAUUCUGGCUGCAGUGUUUGUGGCUGCUGUAAGAAGUGUGCUGGAGAGGGAGACGGUGAAGCCUAUGUAGGUGCAUUUGCUGCUCCACAACCACAAGUGGCAAGGAGGCACAGAAGAGCAAUGAAGAAAGGAGUUCGACGUGCAGCAGCUCAGAAACAAGACUCAGUUGAGAAGGUGGAAGGCAUAAAGAGUUUGUUUGAAGAAGCAAGUGGUGCAAACUCCGGUCAAGAAGAAGUCGCUGCUGCCGUUGAUCAGUCGGACAACACGUCAGCACCAGCAUCCACACUGACUCGAACUCCAGCGGAGUUGAAAAUUGGGCGAGACAAUGUUGGAACAAUGCAGAUUGCAUGUGGAGCUCAUCACACAAUUGUGCUGCUUGUGAACGGCGAGGUGUAUACGUUUGGUCAGAAUCAAUACGGACAGCUGGGACAAGGAGAUACAGAGACGAGGGGUUAUCCAUGUCUUCUUCCAUUGCCUAAGAAAGCAAAACAAGUUGCUGCCGGACACAACCACUCAGUUGUGUUGUUAGAGAAUGGUGAAGUCUACACAUUUGGAAAACACGAGGAAAACCAACUCGGACGAAGUCACGAACUUACAGACCAAGCUACAGCAGAAGCAGCCGAUCCCACGUGGCAUUUGCUCCCUCAGCGAGUGAAAGGAAUUGGAGAUGACGCAAAGAGACGGGCAACAUGGAUUGGAGCUGUUGGAAAUCAAACGUUUUUGAGGCUUGAUGAGUUGCUGCUUCGGGCAAGUUCGUUGAAGGAUUGUCAGGUGUUUGCAUCAAAUAAGACGAUUGGAGUUAUUCCUCCACUGGGUCAUGAACAGACUGCAGCGAGUCUGUUUUUUAAUAAGAGAACGUCGGCAUGCAUUACUUUCCAAGGCGACGGACAAGAAGACCUUUCAGGUCAUUCUGUGUGUCUUGAUUCAUUGUUUGAUGUUUUCUGGAGUUAUUCACCAGUGAAGCAAGAGAUCAAGUGCUAUGGUGUGUAUGCUCCUGUAGUGAAGGAGAUAGUGACAAAGAAAUUGAAAGAUUCAUCUCAUAUGAGUAUUCUCAGUCCUGAUUUGGCUGUUCCUCACUCUUCCACCGCAGCCACAUCACAGUUUCAUAUUGGCAUCAACCUGCUGGCGUGUUUUCAGACUCUCACUGCUCUGGAAGAUGCAAACAUCUCUCCAACACGUGCAGUAAUGAUGAUAUCGAAACUAGGCAAACAAUCAAAGGAGAAAGUUGGUAACUACCAUGCAGCGUACAGAUUUUCAAAUUUUGGAGGAGGUUGGGGCUACUCUGGCCACUCAGUCGAAGCCUUUCGAUUCUCAUGCGACCAAGACGUAAUUCUCUGCGGCUUCGGCCUCUUCGGAGGUCGUGGCAACUACCGAGGUGGAAUCAAAGUCUACGAUCUCGGAGAAUUAGGAGGCGACAACGAAGGAGACGGCGAUCUCCUUGGAGAAGUAGACGAACACGAAUAUGAAUGUCAAGCAAGGGAGUAUUAUCAUUGUUUGUUUGACGAGCCUGUGCCGUUGUUGGCCAACAACUGGUAUGUUGCGUGGGCGCGAGUGUCGGGUCCAAGUUCGGAUUGUGGGUCAUCUGGACAGGGAAAGAUCACAACGGAUGAUGAUGUCACCUUCCAGAUCAAGAGCUCUCGCAAGUCAAACAACGGGACAGACAUGGGAUCAGGACAAAUUCCAGCCAUUCUCUACAAAAUGCCAUCAUAUGAGAAAGAUGUCAAUGAAGACGCCGACGAGCAGAUCCACAUUUUAGACAGAAAGUUUUCAAGGAAAGUUUCAGUGGGAAACUUCGACUCGUUGCUGAAUUUGUUGCAGUGGGCAUGGCAUGAAAUACAGAUGCAGAAACGUUUGUCGUCAGAGUUGGUGUCACUGAGAGUUGAUGCUCAGAUGGUAGCAAUACAAGACAUGAAGAAGCUGUCGUUUGUUGUGAUUUCGUGUCUGAAGUUGUUACGAACAUACAUUUGUGAGGUUUACCCGAGUAGAGCUAAAACAAACAAAACACCUUCUGAAACAGAAGAGCUAGCAGCAGCAGUUCUACAAGUCCGAUCAUUCUUAUCCACACUACUAGACGACUCGAACACCACAGACAUGCCAAACGAUUCCGACAUCCCGGAAAUCAAACAGAAACUCAUCGACAUAAAGACAACGCUCACCACCCACUACCAUGAGAUCUUCCUCAAUUGUUUCCACGCUUUCUAUCCAACAGGACAACUCAAGUGGCUCACACUCUCUGAGCUACUAAAACAAGUUGAUUUCGUGAAGCAAGGAGUGGCGGCCAAUGCAAGCCAUCGCUUAGCAACCAUCAUGGAUGCUCUCGCGUCGCCUCGUGUUCGUUUAUCUGCCGUGUUGCCUUCUGUUGGUGACGAGGGUGGCAGCUUUCAGACGGUUUCAGUGAUGAGUGAUCAACAGAGUCGUUUUCCGUUGUUGGAGGGUUUCGUGACGUUGCAGACGCAUGUUGGUGAGGAGGAUUGUGGAUUGACGUUUAAGCAGGUCGUGUCGAAGUUGCUCGCUAUUGUGGCGUCUCCUGUUCAUUGUGCAACGUGUGUGACUGAGGAGGCGAGCGGGAUGGUGGAGUUUCCUGAUUUGUUGGUGAAGGCGAGUAGCAGGCUGUUGAGUGCGAUUGUGGGGGAGCUGGCGUUGUCAGCUACUUUGUCAAAUUCUCCAUACGAGACCAGCAGUCCUCAAAUGCAGGAAUCUCCCAGCCGAUUCAGUACAGUUCAGCAGACAAACUGGAACACAGGAAACGGCAGCGCUGACGCAGUAUCAUUCAAAAUCGAUCGCUCAGGCAUCACAUUAGUCGGUGUGGCAAUGUACGGUGGUGGUGGAUCUCAUCGCUACGAACUAGAACUUCUAUCAAAGAAAGAGUCAGUUGCUGUUGGUGCGGGACUCUUUGGAAUUGGUGCAGACGGGUGGAAGCCGGUCUCUCAUGUCAGAGGAGAAUACAACGACUCGGACUGCAAUUCAGAAAAAAUUGCUCACUUGAUGUUUGAAAGCCCCGUCCCUAUAGAAGCCAACACUACGUAUGCAAUUCGCUUCAGAAAUCACGGCAGUCGAACAGGCAACGGAACGAAUGGCAGAUCAAAAGUGAUAUGCAACGACGGCAUGAUCAUCGUGUGGAGCACCUGCUCACUGAGCAACAACGGCACGGGAGAAAACCGAGGCCAAAUACCAUCGAUACUUUACUGCUCUUCGUCUGGUGAUGGGAUGGAGCAACAUGAGGUGCCUCCUCCUGGUGUGGCUGACAAUCUGCGUCGUUCGACGAUUACGAUUGUGACUUCGGUUUUGGAGAUUGCGUCGGAUCUGUUGGAUCGGGCUGCUGAGAUUGCGGAGAUACGUACGGAACCAGACAUCUACUCCAUACUGGGUAACUCCCAUCUCUUCAAGUCACUCCUCCCUCUCCUUCUCGCCCAACUCGGUCCUGUUGCAGCAUCAACCCCACAAACAUCAGUCGAAGUCCUCGACGUAAUCAAACAAAUCCUCCCAUCAGUCACACGUCUCUGCCACCAAAUAACCCAAAACGUCCCACGUCCAUCAUCACCCUCCAUAGAAACCACUCCAUUCCACCACAUGAUCAUAGAGAGCGACCAUCCAUACAAACCCGGCGUCGUCAACAACUACAGAGUCAACUUUCCAGACUCUGUCCAGUGGCUUGUGUUGGAGUUCGACCCGCAGUGUGCGACCGCACAAGUUGAAGACCGACUGAACGUUCUCAUCCCACGAAACGACGACUCGACGGUCACCGAUGGCGACGUCGUUCUCUCACGUUAUUGGUCGGUUUUGAAGCCGUUUAGUGGCGUUGAUGACUGGCCAAAGCAUGCGGUUGUAUUACCGGGACGUGAAGUUGUUUUCUCACUGGAAACGGCGUCGGAGUACAUGAAGGACGAGAACGUGUCGCGUUAUGGAUUCAAGUGCACGGUUAUCGGGCAUGUGUGGCAGCCGCAGGUGAGGGAGGCGGUGCUGUUGUUAGAGAAGGAGUUGGCGUAUCUUGCUGGCAUGUGUGCUGGGUCGUUGAUGAGGUCGGAACUGCCCGUGUAUGUUGGUGAGGAGGACGCGUUGCCAUCUGAUGAAACAGAGGAGCAGCAAGUUGCGAGGCAACUGAAUGAUGCCGGUGCUCAGUUUAUUGUGAAAACUCAUUCGACCCUCAUUGGCCGUGGAUUGGCUCUCGAGACUUCUCUGACUGUGCAAGAUGCUCUAACGGGUGAACUGCGUUUUGCCAAGGCGUCGAGUGAAAAAGACUUUCUCAUGCAGUUUCUUGAGUGCAUGCCGGACACGAGUGGAGGUCGUCUAGCAAGGUGGUUACAACCCGAUGCCUUCGUUGACCCUGCAAAGAGUGAAGUCAUUUUAUCCGGAAAUUUUCAAGUUGGCUACCUUGCCCAGAUUGGCCUGAAGACAAAAGACAGACAAGGAACAGCCGUUCAUGUGGCUGACAUGAAAGUCGUUGUGAAAGGAACAUUUACUGGAAAGAAGAAACCAAAACCAUUUGGCUCUGCACCAACGGAAAUUGCUGAGGGUGACGUGUUGCGUGACGUCAUUGAGGUGAAAGAUGAACAUCAAGGUGACAAGCAGCAGCAGCAGAUUGUGUUGGGUGUGAACACGAAAUAUAAGGAAACGAUGCAGGGCAGUAAAGACAAGUAUGCAGCCAUUUCUGUGAUGAAGGAUUACCAAAACUUUUCAUUCGAAGAGCUUCGUUUCCACACUCCCGCCAGCAAAAUGCCUGACCAAACAUGGUCAAUGGACAUGCAAGAUAAUCAAGAUGGAACAUACAUUGCUGGUUGGAUUCCAAGCUCAAGAGGAAGCUACAACAUUGAGGUUCUUAUUGAUGGAGCGUUUGCUGGGAAAAGUCCAAUUGAAGUUGACGUGGAAGAUGCGGCUCCAGGCGCACAGGCACCGGUUGUGGCAUUGCCUGUCGCUUUUGCUCCGAAAUCGAAGAUCAAGAAAUUCGUCACUCCUGCCAAAACCGGUGGCAUACGCAUUCGCUCUCAACCAUCACUACAAAGCGAAGAACUCGGAAUCAUCAGACCUGAACAAAGCAUCGAGUUUACAGACGAAGUGAGCAACGACGACGGCACGUGGGUAAGACUAACCGACAAAAGCAUCAAGGAGUUCACAGGAAAGAGCCACGAAGAGGCGUGGUGUUUAUCAUUUCACAAGAAACUCGACCGCCAGUUGCUCAUUGAUGUCCAAGAACAGGUAAUGUCUCAGCCUAUUCCUGUGGCAACGGCUAGUUACACGCCGCCUCGUCCACGAAAGAUGAGGAAGAAGUGGAUAGGUGGAGCCGGUGAGUACGAAGUGAUACGUUGUGGCGAGGCCGGCCACAACAUCCGCAAUCGCCCGAGCCUGAAAGGAACUCCAAUCGGCCUCCUCUGUCGUACAAACCGAAUCAAAGCGUUGACUCACGCGAGCACCGACGACGGCGACUGGCUGAAACUCGAACAAGAAAGCGUCGAGACGUACUGCGAGAAAGACGGUGAAGCAUGGACGUUAGCCAGAUCAAAAUCAGACAUCGUGUACCUCGAGCAAGAGGCAGAGAGUGAAUACGAAACCGACACAGAGACAGACGACGACGACGACGACACGACGAGAUCGGGAUCGUCCAUGACGGAGCCGGUCGGUCCGUCAUUUCCGAUCUUUGGAGCUCCGGCAGUGAAUGAGAAAGGCGCUCAACAGAUUCAGCAACAAGCACAGCAGCAGCCGUUGCCGUUGGGUUUCUCCGUGUUCGGUCAACCGUUUGGCGUGGCGAAUAACGCACAACCCGGUGGGCUAUUUGGUGCGGGAAAUAAUGCACAACCUGGUGGUCUAUUUGGUUUGCCUGUUCCUCUUCCUGUUCCUGGUCUUUUUGGGUUGCCGCCUCGAGUUGACAACGCUCGUUCUCAAGGAGCUGGAGGCUUUGUGUUUGAACAGCAGCAAGUUGUUGGUAAUCCAAAUGUUCGCGUCGCUCCUGCUAAUGAAAUCGCUCCUGCUAAUCCGUUCAAGUUUAGAGAUCAGAAUCUGUUUGCUAAUGUCCCGCCUCCUGGUCCUCUGUUUGGCGGUUUCGGUGGAGGGUUACGGCAACCUGCGGGUGCCUUUGGACCUCCUGCGGGUGCCUUUGGGCCUCCUGCGGGUGCCUUUGGGCCUCCUGCGGGUGGACUCGGUGUGGUCAAUCCUGCACCUCAACCUGGGCCGUUCCAAUUCUCUGUCUCUCCGUCAGGCAAAGAAGCGUCUGGCGACGAAGACGAAAGCAAGAAAGACAAACCGGCGAGUCCGUUUAGUUUUGGUGCCCCUCCUCCAGCCGCGUCUGCGUUCAACACAGACAAAGCUCCAUCAUCGUCCGUCUUCUCACUCGGACCUUCGCCUCAGAGAUUGAAAUCAGAUGAAGGGAAAUCAAAGAAUCGUGGACGUGGAAAGAAGGGACGGUCAAAGUCACCCGCCAGGUUUGGUGCGAGAGCAGAGAAAGGGAAUACGACAUCCGACAGCAAAGUUCGUAAAGCGUUGUCACCGGCUGUAGCUAAAUGCAUGCGAGCGGUUUUUACUGCGUUUAUGUGGCACGAGGGCAUCACUCAUGAUGCGAUGGCGUGUGCCUCGUAUCUCAAGUUUCAUCCAGAAUUGAUGAAGGACACAGGCAAACAGAAAAGCAUGGAGAACGAGUCCGACAAGGAGCCUGAGAAGAACAUCAAAGAGUUGAAUAAACCUGGAGAAAUCACCGGAAAAGAUGAAGACGACAAGAAAGGUGACGAUCUCAAACAGAAGGAAAGCAGAGAGACAAUCAGCGUUGAGUCUACCGAAACAGCUGUGGCUGAGAGCAGCGAAACGAGCGAGGAAUCGUUGCAGAAGAAAGAUUCAACAGAGAAAGAGACGAAAACCGAAUUGAAACUUCCAGCGACGUUACGCCACUUGGUGACGUUCUGGGACGAGUUGGUUGGCGGCAUUCAGCUGGCGACAUCGAAGAAGCUCCCGCAACCGAAAGUCCCCGAACUGAAACUGAGAGCGAAGAUAGUCGAACGGCCGGAGACGGAAGCGCCCGAUCGGAAGGAUAAACCGAAGGGAAAACCGAAGGCGGCGGGUCCGGGUCAGACGAUAUGCGAAUUGUGCGACGAACCAUUUCAGAACCCAGUGACGUACCACAUGAAACGUGCACAUCCGGGUUGUGGGAAACACGCGGCUGGUCAGGGAUACAACAGCGGAGGAACGUUCUGCGGGGGCUGGGCCGGUAACUGCGGAGACGGCGGCCACGGCGGCAGCACGUGGUACCUCAUGUGUAAUUCAUGUCACGACAAAUACCUCGACCAGAAGAAAGAGCAAAUGCUCGCGCAGGACAAACGCACAAAACAAGCGGGAAUAAUCAUCAAGAUGGUGAGCGGAAAACCGAAAUUCAAGAACCCAACGUCGACCGACUCGCACAACAUUAUCACAGACAACUGCAAGUUCCUGUUGGAGUUGGAGAGCGCGAGCGGCAGUAAAGUCGACGAUGUGAACCGCAUGAAGUCACCCGACGCUCCACAACCCGGCAAAACAUCGUGGGAACACAAUCAACAACCCGACCAGUCGAUGUUUCCUCGUCAAUUCCAAUACCUUCGUGGCAUCUCAGUUCCAAGUCCAUCUGAGUCUCUCCUUUCUAAAGCAUUAGCCAUUGCUAUGAGUGAGACAAAGAAGCCUAUGAUCCCUCGAUCAGCAUCGAUUGAAGAGCGAGUAACGAUGACUCUCGAUCGAGGAGGAAAACUCCGAAAUCAAGAGCCACCAAAAACUAAAGACCCGGUGCAACGUCCCUCGUUGCUUCGCUCGAUUUCUGUUGCCGUCCCGGAGACGAUCGGCGAUAUAGAAGACGAGGAGCAAAACAGGGCAAUCAAGAGGAAGCAUUCGCCGCUCUGGAGUCCACUCGACGACAUGAGGAAACAGUUUAGUAGCGGACCGAUAAAUCUUGUCGAGAGAAUGUCACCGAAACUUUACAAGCUCGUGCAACGUCAACAGACCGAGGCGGACGAAGACAAGCAGAGCAGUCCGAGUGAACGAGCAUUGAAACGGCCGCUGCUUGCGUUCGUAUGCCAGCAGCUUGAUUUGGACUGCAUACGACGAUCGAUGACUAAAGCUCUCGUCCACUGCGCCUGCCGUGUACAUGCCAUGCAGUCGUUUGAGUAUCAUUUGUGUCGUGUCACGCAAACUGCUGCUCUUCAUGAUCUCAUGUGGUUCUUCGCGGCAUCACUAACGCCACCGUUGCCGCCAGAAUCCGACGCCGAAGAGAAGAAGGAAGGCGAGAAGAAAGAGAAAGAGGAGGUCGACCUCACGAUGGGCGAGCAUCCGACUGACGAGCUUGUCGCCGCGGGUGACGGCCUUGUCCCACUCACCAACGCAUUCCACAGUCUCCUCCAGACAAUCUCCGAUCUGAUGGCUCAACUACCUCAAGGCUCGGCUGUACAGCAAAUGUCGAUGCGAAGCUGGUGCAUUCACUUUCAUCCUCGUGAUCACACCUUCCUGCAUCGUAGUUGCGUCUUCUCUCGUAUCAAUCAGUUUUUGACUCGCGUCGACGAGGAAGAGGCGCACACCAACGGAGCAUUACAGACGCCGGAUUCUCUGUCUGUCGUUUUGCUGCCUGAAAUUGUGAUCACCGGCAAAGUUACGUCUUCGUCUCGUCCUGCUAUGUUGGAUAGUCUUACUGAUGACUCGACUGAGACGUUCUGGGAGUCGGGAGAUGAGGAUAAGCAUCGGAGCCGGUGGCUGCAGGUUGCGUUUGACGAGGCAGAUGUUCGUCCUGAGGUUGUGUAUAUUCACAUCGACAACAACAGAGAUAGUGGGAAUCGAACCGAAUUUCUCACCCUCAACGUCGGCAAGAACAACAAAACGCUGACAAAAAUCAAACAAGUUGACGUUCCGUAUCGAUUCGGAGGUUGGCUCAGGCUCGACAUUCCCAAUCCAACCGAAACCAAAGUCAUCAAGUUGGACCUCAAAGGCACUCAGAAUUCAAUCCGUGUACGUCAGCUCAAGGUACAAGGCUACACAGGAGCGGAAACGGAAGCAGCAGUGCAAGCAACAAGUCAACCAAUUUUGUCUCCAAUUGUUGCACAGAGACAGCAAUGUGAAGGUGAAACUCUUCGAGUGUUCAGACUGCUGACGUCGCAGGUGUUUGGGAAAUUAGUUGCCGAGCAGCAGGACUCCGAGAUGUCCGACCUAAAAGAACACGUCGUUGGCAUCCUCUUUGGUCAAAGCAAACUCAGUAGCCUCCAAAAGCAAGUCUGCAUACACAUCGUUGCAUCAAUCCAAUCGGAAAGAUCUCGAGUCCGCGACGAGUGGGAACAAAGUCUCGCAUCGCCAGACGAGUCAAUCAGCCGUCAAUCCGACACGUACUGCUACGAGCUUCUCUCCAUGGUCUUAGCACUGAGUGGCUCAGAAGCAGGACGAGCAUACGUCGCCGAGCAGUACCCACUCCUCGUCGAUCUCCUCUCACUCCUCCACACAGCAACGUCUCGAGUUCAAUGCCAAGUCGUCUCUAUCUUACAUCGCGUCCUCCCUCUCGUCAUCCCUCAGCGCUUGGCGCACACACUCGGCAUCGAGUCGCUACCAAAGCCGGGAUACAGUGCAGUCACUGAGGCUACGGACGCGAGCGGCACGCAGAUGAAUCUCGAGAAAAACGUUGGCAUCCUCGACGUCUUACUGGCUGUCGUUGCGAAGGCUCUAACCGUACAGGUGAAAUCGAAGGGCGCGAAGAAAGGCGAAGAAGGGAUUUUGGCUGGGAAGGGGCCGCACACGGUGACGGUCAUGAGUUUGUUGACGAAGCCGGCUGAAGGGCUUGUGACUAAUGAGACGCUCGGACAGGGCGGGAGUCGGUGGUGGUUGAGAGGUGAGAUGCACGCGGAUGUGGCAACUGAAGUGAUCAAACUGCUGAAUGACAUGUCACUGGGCAAGAUAUCAAAAGAAUGGAUGGAAGUGACACAAGCUGGUGUGGGAGAAGUCGUUCUCUCACUCACUAAACUGAAUGACAAGUCCCGAACGGCAGUGCAAUGCAUGCACGGACCAACAAUUUGGUUGACAUUGUCAUCUCUUUGUGUGUUGACUGACAAGCAUGUUGAGCAGUUGUCGUCCGGCCAGUGGACAGCGAAAGAGGAAGGCAAGAAGAAGCCGACUUGUGAUAAUCACGACGAUGGGCAUACGGUCGCCAUCAUCGAGUGUGAUACGUGUGGCAAUUUGUGUGCCGAAUGCGAUCGCGUUUUGCACUUCAGCAAGAAAAACAAGUCACACGGACGAACAGUUUUUAAGGAAGAGGAAGAGGCAGUUAAGGUUGAUUUGAAUGAGGGUUGUGGCCGGACGAAAUUGUUUUGGGCGAUGGCUCUUGCGGACUCUCGAACGCUCAAGGCAAUGGUGGAGUUUAAGGAUGUGGGAGCCGCUGGAUCACCCAGUGCCACAGCAGACGGCACAGGCGUCUGUCGCUUCUGUGGCAGCAUUGGCACAACCGGCCUCCUUGCCAUCGGAAAUGUCUGCUCCGAACCAGAAUGUCAAGAACGUGCCAAGAAAGUCUGCACAAAAACCCUACCGUGCGGCCACAUGUGCUGUGGUGUCCGCGACGAAGACAACUGUCCAUCAUGUCUCUUUGGCUGCAAAUCGGAGGACACAACGGAGGCCAAUGGUGUCGUACGGCCCGGCAGGAGAGCCCAGGAUUCCGAUGACAUGUGCAUGAUUUGCUACUCUGAGAAUCUGUCGGCCGCUCCAGUUAUACAGUUGGGCUGCAGUCAUAUCUAUCAUUAUCAUUGCUGUGAGAUGGCGCUGGAGAAGCGAUGGACCGGACCGAGGAUCACGUUUCGGUUUUUGAUGUGUCCGAUUUGUGAGACAAAGCAAAUAAGCCACAAGUGUUUGGUGAAUAUUCUGAAGCCUCUGGAGAAUUUGCAUGAAGACGUCAGAUCCAAGGCUCUUAUGCGUCUAGAAUACGACAACCUGCACAAGUGUGAGGCAAUCACAACACCCGGAAGUCCAUUCUACCAGCAACCUAUUGAAUUUGCCAUGAAACGUUACGCAUACUACGUCUGCUUCAAAUGCAAGCGGGCUUACUAUGGAGGUGAGGCUCGAUGUGUUGAGCAGGCAGGCUUGUCUGAUGAAUAUGAUCCCAGUGAGUUAGUAUGUGGUGGAUGCUCUGAUGUCGCCAGCGCACAGGUGUGUCCCAAACAUGGUACAGACUAUUUAGAAUACAAAUGCCGCUACUGCUGCUCAGUGGCUGUAUUUUUCUGCUUCGGCACGACACACUUCUGUGCAUCAUGCCACGACGACUUCCAACGCCUGACAAGCAAAGACAAAUCCGAGCUUCCUCAAUGUCCCGUGGGUCCCGCGGGCAAGCAACUUGAGGGCACAGAGUGUCCCCUACACGUCAAGCAUCCACCCACGGGUGAGGAGUUUGCCCUCGGGUGUGGCGUUUGCAGGAACGCACAGACUUUUUAGGCCAAUUUAGCGAAGUGUAUCGUACGUCUAGCACUCGAAAAUGACUGUCACGAUCGAGACUGUUUGUUUUGCUGUAGCUGAUUGUUUGUCCCUUGAUGUGCACUCUAUGUAUUGCAAGAGGGAUUGUGUUUUCUUAAAGCUAAGAAUGGAAUCAUAUUUUUACUGCUAAAACG